AUGCAGUUUCCUUACACCAUGUUCUCCGCGACAAUGCGUCGAGCAAUCGCCAUACGCACCCUUCGGCUCGCCAGACCACAAACACCAUCUCGAGCCAUCAAGACCCUCACGCGACCAUCUCAGACCGUCCCAUCACAAGCAAGAUAUGCUUCGCAUGUAUCACCAAACCUGGUACGAUGGCUGUCCGCCAAGUCAACGGCAGAUGAGAGGAUAGAAGAGAUCACGGAGCUGUAUGCAACAGCACAGGAUGAAUUCGAGAUAGCAAUGGAGGAGACGGAGAAGCAGACAGUCUAUGCCGAAGAGGACCGCAAAGCCGCACGAGAGGAGUUGGACAAGGUGAAGGAAGCUUAUAGGCUGGUUGUUGAGGGACCAGAUGCCGACUUGGCCGAGGAGGUGAAAAGGAGAAUCGGGCAGAGGGUUAGGGAGCUCGAGCAUGGUGUCAAGGCUAUGGAGCAAUUGGCCAUUGAGCAGGACUAG